UCAAGGCCUUGCCUGGACUUCCUGCUUGGGUGAGAUAGCGGAGGUCUGAAGCGAAUGUCCUGGCGAAAAACGUAAAUAACAUUAUAUUUUACACCAGAAACGAAACCCGUUCACAUUUCUCUGGAAACUUUGAGGUAUACGUAAGGCGUUUACAAAAUGAUCCGAUUCAUCCUGAUUCAGAACCGGGCUGGAAAGACCCGUCUUGCUAAGUGGUACAUGCAGUUUGACGAUGACGAGAAGCAGAAGCUGAUUGAGGAGGUGCAUGCAGUGGUGACUGUCAGAGACGCCAAGCACACCAACUUCGUAGAGUUCAGGAACUUUAAAAUAAUAUACAGACGCUAUGCUGGCCUGUAUUUCUGUAUCUGCGUGGAUGUGACCGACAAUAACCUGGCAUAUCUGGAGGCUAUUCACAACUUCGUAGAGGUAUUGAAUGAAUAUUUCCACAAUGUCUGUGAGUUAGAUCUGGUAUUUAACUUCUACAAGGUGUACACAGUGGUGGAUGAGAUGUUCCUGGCUGGAGAGAUUCGAGAGACGAGCCAGACCAAGGUGCUGAAACAGCUGCUGAUGCUGCAGUCCCUGGAAUAGGGACACCGUGGGACUCCUCCCGACCUUCCACAGCAGAGACACUACUCCCCCCACCUCACACCAGACACUUCUUCCCCAGAGAACCUGUAAACCCAGGCCCUCCCUGAACUGAGCUAACCAGCCAAGCCAUAGUCCUCCAGUCCAUACCUACUCUCACUACUGCCCCACGUGAUCGCCAGUCUCACCCGUGCGCCAUUCCAGACUUGUCUAAAUAGCAAAGACAAAGACUGACAAUGUCAUAGUAUGUAGGUGUAAGGGUAUAUAACAAUGUACUGUACUGGAAGUCCUGUAAGCUGCGUCCUAUGUAAGACUGGCCUCUCUUGGAUAAUAUUUCACCGACAAGGGUUCGACAAACCUCAAAGCAAUCCAGUUUUCAAUGUAGUGUUCACUGUACCUCUCACUUAGUGAUUAAGGGAUGAGGUGUUAAUAAUGAUCAUUUCCUACUAGAGUUGCUAAAGAUACACCCAGCAGAUUUAUAGUAGAAAUGAACCCUUUUAAAUGAAGCGCUGCCCUCACUCGCAGGUGAGAGGUGCAUGGGUGAGCUUUACAGUUCUCUGGUUAAUUCUCAAACCCCUGGCAUUGUCUGAUGAAAUCCAAUGUGUUUUUUUUUCCGUUGUUCAUCUAUUUCCAAAGUGUUGAGUUUUUAUGACGUCUGAAUUUAAUAUGGGGGACCAAGACAGGUUUAGGACAGCAAUGUGCUUGUAAUGUUUAAAACCAGAGAUGGCAAGUUACAGUAAAAAGAAAUGGAGCAACUACUCCGUCCACAUGUUUUGCAGAAAGUUUUGCAUCCAAUUUGCAUUGGCUAGAGAGAAGUGAUAAUAUCCAUGCAGCAAAGUAACAAGGUUGUGCCUCCCAUUACAAGACAGAUGGAGAGAGAUUAGAGGUCAACUAAGGCUGGUUGUUGGGAACCUUUGAAAUCCAUCCUUCACCAAAAGGGAUGUAAUGCUGCAAAGAGGUAGCAGAUAAGGAAAUACGUUUUAACUCUGGGGUCUAGUUUGGAGAUCUCAGCAGCAGUAGACUAACAGAAAUAAGUAAACCUCCUCUUUCUGCUGUAUAUUGCUCUGUGUUUACUGCUCCUAGACCUGUCCCCACCUCAUUACUGUGCUACAAAGCACAGUCCAGUGGGUUGCAACUUAAGUGUUUGAUAUUAAGCCUAGUUUUUAGAAAGUAACAUGUUACACGUUAUUUUUUUGUUUCUUUUCCCGCUCUUGGAAGCAAAUGGAGAGGGGAGAGCAUUCCCUGAGUUUAGCUCAUCCAGUCCGUUUUGUGAAUUAGCGCUGGUGUAAAAAUGAAUCUGUGGUAGUGUUGUCUGCUCUUCAUGUUUACUUAUCUACUAUAUAUACACUAUAUGUAUAUACAAUCUUAAUUCAUGGAAUAAACAUCUAUUAUGAAGAAA